UCCCUUCUCGUUCUUUUUUGGGACAUGGACGAUCAACAAAGGUCCCUAAUGCAACACCAGGGAGCCCUAGUGCCUAGUAUGCACUCCGUAUCGGCGGGCCAUGUGGUUCAUUCGCCCCAUCACCAACAAUCCAUGGCGAGCUUGGCGAACCUCCACCAUGGCAUGCAACCGCCACCCGUAACCAGCCACGGCACGGUGGACCAACAGCAGGGCCAACAUGCCGAGCACUCGCACUCUCAGGAGGCGAGAAAGCAGGAAAUCGGAGAUAUUCUACAGCAAAUCAUGACCAUAACUGAUCAGAGUUUAGACGAAGCCCAGGCAAGAAAACACGCACUCAACUGUCAUCGGAUGAAGCCUGCUUUAUUCAGCGUGCUUUGCGAAAUCAAGGAAAAGACAGGAAACACGUUCGGAAAUAGAAGUAUUACUUUGAAAUAUAAUUUUGAUACAAUGUAG